AGCUUCUGACCCAUACCGAAUCCCAGUUCAUUUUGUUGAUUACACCAUUCCAUGCCAACGAUCCUUUCCGCAACCAUCUCACCCACAAGUUGACCGUCCUUUUUUUUCUGGACUGACCGUUUUGGGAUGCACGAUCGACUCACGGCCUGAUCGCAUUGCACCACAAGCUACCACAAGCCCUUGUCCUCGAUCUUCAGCCUGCAUCACUUUCAAUCAAACACUGUUCAGAUUGACAAUUCUUAUCCACCACCGCUUUCACAUCAUGAACCGCCAAAUCUCACCCGUGCCAAGUGGAAUGGUUUCGACCCCUAGCCCGAGUUGGGCUCAGCGUGCACGAGCGCUUGAGAGUCCACUGGCCCAAAAGCAAACCGGGACCUCGAUCAGGAUCCCCAUGCCGAGUCCGAUGGAAUCUCCUAUCUCGUUGUCCCACUACUACCACCAUGGGCUCUACGCCGGAAAAGAUAUCCACUCCCUGGUGUCUUCCAGCCUGCCUGAUCUCGAUCAAGUGAUUCAAGAGACCCCCACGAAGUCCCAUGUAAUGCGCCAGCUACCCGUUUCCAACCCAACAUACCCUAUCGAGAUUGACCUACGCUCGUCCAGCCAGCCCUUUGAUGCACCGGAGGAUACCCCCAUGAAAUCACAAGCAGGUGCCCAUGCAAAAGAGCCGAAAGCGAUUAUACUGGGACUGUCCAGCGAGGCGGACAUGGGUGUGAUAGCGAUCACGAAGCAAUCGCAAGACAUUGGCAAGCAAGCACCCGCGGAUCCCAUGCGCUCUCUAUCUGUGGCGUUCACUCUCUACUUGCCCAAGGAAGCAGACUUGAUGAAGGGCCCUUCUAAGUCUAAGAAGAAGGUGGCUUACUCCGCGAUCUCUCUCCCUACCACCAAUCAAACCUUUGACACGAACGGGGAAAGUAUCACCCACCUGAAAAGCCGCCUCUUCCGCAUCGCUAGCGAGAUCGAUACUUCGGACGAUGACAACUGUGGGAAUGUUGUGAUUCUCAAAACUGCGGAUGCCAAGAAUUUGGUCAUCAUCUCCGGCCACGUCAAGCAACACGAAGAGUUUGCGAAGGGCAAGGAGGUCCUGUUAAGUUCAAAUGCCGAUGUCGCUCGUUUCUUUAAGGCUGUCAGGGGAUCGCCUCUCAAAGAGUGCGGUUUCACUGUCACUAUGGAGAACCCGCAGAAAUCGGCUCAAGAAGCCGAAGAUGCGGUUUUGAAGAAAAAAGCGCGCUUGCGCGCUCAGAACGAGAUCAACAACGUGAAUACCACGCCGAACAACCUUGCUUGAUGUAGACCUGCGGACCCGGUCACGAAAGCCCUCAAGGCUUUGCAGAUGCGUCACUCCUCCAUGAAAACCAACAACAACAAGGGCUAUCGUAUUUUCAAUAAAGCCGACCUGUCCCAGAAGAUGGACUUAACGUUUCGCCACAUGAUUUUAUGGGCUCGUUUGUUGGCCGACAACACCAAGGAUGUCACCAUCGACGAUCCACCACCGGACCAUGAGGAGUUUGUCUGGAAAGACAUAACCCUCCCUAAGCGGCCUCAUCAGUCAACUCCGCUCCCUGAACCUAAGCGUCACAAGCCAAUCAAAGAUCGCCCGUACGUCAGACCAGGCAGUUAUGCGGAAAUGCAGGGCGCCCACAUCACUAUUAAUUUCGACACGCUCCAACGGGUCCGGUUCCGCAAUACCCUAGAUGAUUAUUUGGCCUACUGCGACUUCAGCAAUAAGGCAUCUAAAGAGGUGGCUACCAUCCUCAUGGCGUAUGGCGUGACCGGGUUUCACUAUUUCUUAUUUCCUGAAGUCAUGAAUGUGCGUGAUGUCCAAGCCUGGGGAAUAUCUUGGGCUAGCGCGAUCGAGCUAUUCACCCAAUCUCGUCGUUUCUAUCUCGCCGCUGUUGAGAACAAAGAGCGAAGAUUGGCCAAGGGUAAAGGGAGGGCAGAUUGCCCCACUAUUGACAGUGAUGAUGAUUAGUUUGGUGUCACUACCCUCGCGUGUUAUGUCACCAAUUUGAUAGUUUUUGGUUAUCUUGUGUGUGAGCUAGCUUGUGUAUUGUCAGUACCUAACCUUAGUUACAGUUGUGGUUGUGAACAGUGAACGAAACAUGUGAUGAGCAAUGAACCGCAUGACCAAUGUGAUGAAAUCACAAGUUUGAUG